UGUAAGGUGGGAUAUUUUGGCCGGGAUUGCGAGCAGAAAUGUAACUGUGCCUGGGACCAGCCUUGUCCACCUAGUACUGGAUUCUGUCAAAGUGGAUGUGCCCCGGGAUAUCGUGGCCUCUCGUGCAAUUUACAGUGCGAACCACAGAACUAUGGCCAGGACUGUGAAGGCAACUGCAGCCAGAACUGUUUCACGGGGAAACCUUUGAAUAGGUUCUGUGAUUUCAUUACUGGUCACUGCUUUCUGGGGUGUGUGGUGGGGUUUGAGCCUCCUACAUGCGAAAAAGGUAAGUCUUUAAGUUAUCAUUCAUUUUACUGGAUCUUCAAUGAACUCACAACUGUUCUACAAGUAGGUAAAGACACUAAGGUGUCACCGACACGGAGGUCAGGUCAUUAUGUCUGA